CCACCCACAUCCAUCCACAAUCACGCAGCUUCUUCCACUCGAACCAUCCGCUCCCACUCCUUGACCCGAUGUACUCCGCAAUACCCUCACUGGAAUCGAGGAUGGCGACCACUGUGCCCCAAUUGCAGCCGCACGAGACUGACGCCAUUACGUGAAGAUAUCCACCUCAGACUGCCGGAAGGCCGCCGGCAAUCCUGACCUUACGCAUCUUGCUCGCCUAUUCUGCCACCAGCACGAGGUCUACAAGAAACGUCCGGAUAUAAACACAAUCUGUUGCCCUUUCCCUCUCGUGGUCAGUUCAUAUUCGCCCAUCUGCUAUCAUGUCGCCGUCAGCAGCGAAGCAGAAGAUCAUUCUCAAGCGAAUUUCCCAUGUGUACUACCAGCAUAAAGACUUGGUUCAAGCAGACAAGUUCCUCCUCGAUUUUGGUCUCAGUCCUGUUCAGCGGACUGAGGACAAAAUAUACUAUCGUGGCUAUGGGACAGAACCAUUUGUACUAUGUGCCUCCCAAGGGACGGAAGACAAAUUCGGUGGGACGGGUUGGGUGGUAGAAUCUAUGAAGGAUCUCGAAUUGGCGACUUCCCUACCUGGAGCAACGCCGAUUCAUGAUUCAGAUGCUCCCGGGGGAGGAAAGAAGGUCACUUUUUAUGACCCAGUCGACAAUUUCCCGUCUCAUCUGGUCUAUGGUCAAACUGCCGUGGACAUUGCAGAAACAUUCCCAGAAUUGGCGUACAAUUUCCCCACAAGCAAGAAUCGACCAGUGAACAAGACACAGCGGUUCAAGAAGGGUCCUGCUCCUAUCCACAAACUUGGGCACUUCGGUCUUUGCGUCACCGAUUACAAGAAGGCCUUUGAGUUCUACACCUCGAAUUUCAACUUCAAGCCCAGCGAGCUCGUCUAUGCCCCAGACACCAAGGAGGACAUCACGACCUUUCUGCAUCUUGAUCGAGGAUCGGAAUGGGUUGACCACCAUUGCUUUUUCUUCUUCGGAGGACCGAAAUUUCACGUCCAUCAUUCCAGUUUCGAGGUCUUUGAUUUUGAUAUACAGAUGCUUGGACAUACCUGGCUCACAGAGAAGAAAUACGAGAACUGUUGGGGUGUUGGGCGGCAUGUGAUGGGAAGUCAAAUCUUUGAUUAUUGGUUCGAUCCAAGUCGAUUCAUUCUCGAGCAUUACGUUGAUGGUGACUUGGUGAACGAUGAAACUCCUAUAAAUCGAACCAUGGCGGCACCGGAUAACUUGCACGUCUGGGGCCCCGAUGUGCCGGAGACAUUUUUAGCAUAGAUGACUGCUUGCAGAAUUAUCUUUUAUAGAGGCAUUUCCUGCUAUUUCCAGUUUCUCUAGAUCUAUAUACAACAUGCAUUGUUUUGUUAUUCUUCCAAAAUUGCCUGCUAGAAACAGUCCAUAGUCCUUCUGACAUUCUUUGAGAUUUGAAUGUAGCAUAAUUAUUUACUCUACCUUGCCCAUUUAGAAUACGACGCUUUGUAUCUAAGGACCAUUAAUGUAUAUCGCGCUUAUCCGCACGAAUGUUUGUUUAUGCAGAUGUUCAAUUCAAGCGUACGAGCUGAUACACAAUGUGAUAGAUCUCAAUUUAUACAGCAUCUUCGACAUCGUCUCCAUUUGAUGCCUUAUGGUGG